AUGAAUAAGCUGGCAAGUCAACCUUUUGCUAAAAGAGUUUUCAACAGCUGGGUUCUGGCAAUCUCUCCAGACCUCCUGCCUAAUUUACCAAAUAAACAAGAAGUAAGCUACAAGGAACAUGUUUCAGCUCCGCCAGCAAAGAGAGAUGAAUUCAGAGGACGCGAGUUCACUGUCACUUUCAUUGAAGCUUCCCUCGACUACUCGUGGUUGAACAGAGAUGGAAAGAGAAUGUUCGACAGUCCCGUUUACAACUUUCUACAAACCCUUGAACGCAAGACAGGGAUAAUAAUGCACAAGAAGCCUGCAGCUUCGUACUCAGUUUUGAUGACAGCACUCAAAAGUGGAGAAGCUGAUUUCGCCGUGACCUUCGUGUAUUUCACUCCUGAGAGACUGAAAAUUUUGGAUUCCACGGCGCCUGUGGCCAUCGGUCCAUUAUGUUUGGUGAUGAAACGUGCGCCAUAUUUCACCUUCGGAAUGGUACUUCUGUCGCCGUACGAGUUUUCUACGUGGACGGCCUUGUUGCUAUCCAUGUGUGCUUUCGCAGUGAUUUGGUAUGUGGUGAAUGUUUUCAGCCUGGUUCAAGGCAGAUACAUCAAGACUUCAUCGGAUGGCAGUAUAUCGCACGCUAUCUUAGACGUCGUGCAAGUAGUGCUCUCCAGUUCCUGCACGCGUUUGGUGCAAACAAAUGCACAGCGAGUCGCCUUCACCGCCGCUCUCUUCUUUGCCGUCGUGGUGAGCAACGCAUAUUCCGGUCAGCUCCUGGGACUGCUCGCGCAUCCACCGCGGCACAAGGACCCUCAAAAUUUGCAGGAAGCAGCUAGAAUAAUCGAAACUGUAUAUUUAACAGAAGACCUGAAAGCGGUUGUUAUUAGUGCGAAUGAAGAUGGAACAUUAACCGAACUCAUAAGUAAAAUUAAACCAAGACAUUUUGGUUUCGACCUCCGUGUGCUUCAGAGAAUGGCGACGGAAUGUCGAAAUGCGAACUCUGUGUAUUUUCCAAUGUACAAAUGCCGGCCAAUGUGUUUAAUAGAAAGAAAUUCACGAUUAGAAGAAUCAUUACUGGAUGACCAGAACGUCGACAGGGCUUCCAAGGCGUGUACCAGAGCAUAUCGCAGGCGUAAAGCGCGCACACUACAGACGACACAGUGCUACCGGUAUGACAACUCUCGCGUCCUGCGCGAGCCGCCGCGACUACUGAAGGGCAUUGAAAAUACCCUUGAUGUCUUCGAAUACCUGCGCGGGCGAACGCUCCGCGUCGACUUUCCGUACCACGCUCUGCUUCUCGUAGUGCUCGAUGAUGGGCAUCGUGUCGUUCAUGUUUUUGGUCAAAUGACACCAGAACCUCGUUCCGAGCUACUUCAACAGAUGGCGUUUGUUAGUACGGGCGAGACGUCUGAUGAUCGUCGUGCUAUUGAAAGGCUCACAAUCGAAGAAGAACUCGAGACGAUUCGCAGAUCUGUAAAGGGGCAAUCAUCUCAUGGCAUUGCGAGCGAGUCUAUUUAUCGAAUGAACUUCUCACUGCAGCCAACGACACCACCAUUUGAAACACCUCGUAGAAUGUGCAUCAGGGGCGGCGCGGGAGAGCGCCAUAACAACGGCCGCCGGCGAGGAGAGUUGCAGGGGCGGGCCCGCCGCGGGCUGGUUUGCGAGUUGAAUAGCGUGGGCGUGGAUGGAGACGAGGCGUGGCGGCGGGGCGCGAGGGGGAGCCGCGCGAAGAAGUCGGAGACCCACGGCCUAGGCGGUCUGGGCGACGCCGCACGGCGCGCGCGGCAUCGGAGAGCGUUGGGGGCUUCUCGGCGUGGGCAGACGGAGGGGGAUCUGGAGGCGGCGUCGGGUGAGAUAGGAGAGAGGGGUGGCCGUGGGGGGGGGCAGAAGCAAGGGCAGGCGCAGGGCGAUGUCCCCAUGGGAGCGAAGGGCGCGGCGCGGCGCGGCGCGGCGUGGCGUGCCGCAUCUAUUGCCAGCCCUCAAGAGGCCUCCCGGGGAACACUGCCCUAUGAGACGCCUCUAAUAACACAAAUGCCCGUAGGAAUAUAUGGAGUGUUUAUAAAGAAUCCACCUCUUCCUGGAGGUUCCGUCACCAAACGCACAUGGAGCGCGCGUGUGAGUGCAAAGGCUGAGGGCCAAAUGCUCCUCGGAGGCCCUGGCGCACACGGGCGGACGGGCGGGCGGCGCGGCGCGGCGUCGAAUGCAGAGUGGCCUCUACUGUCGAUCGUUCGCUACAGAACUUUUAAUCGGCCAACACUGAUCCACUGUCAACAUAACUUAAAAUUCCUGCUCUCCACCGAGGGCUCUUCCAGAAAAUUAUAUGUGGGUUCUCGCACUUUCGUCCUGGGUUCGCAUCCACUUGGCCUUCUCGGGGCGGCAGAUCAAUACACCAUCCAUGUGGGCGAGGCCCCGGGCACUGCAGAACUGGCCAGCGCUUGCAGUCGGGAGGUCCCCUUUAAGCGCCCCGCCAUUUCCCGCGCGGCGCCACCCCGCACCGGCCGCCGCCUCUCCGUCCGCACCCACGCUCUACCCCGCCAGAGUCAGCCGCGCGCCGCUCUUUGUCACCGGUUCCCGUCGGGUGGGCGGGACGCCGGGGGUGUGCCGCGCGCAGACGUCGGAGGUGGCGGGGAGGAGGAGGCGACGGCAGCCUGCUUCUCGAUUCAAUUAGGCACUGAUUUACACCUCACCGCCGGUCGAGCGCGUCGGCGCAACGGGCUGCGGAGGACGCAGUAUGCUGGCGACGGCGGAAAACGCAAGGCAUCCGAGCGUCGGCGAGGGCGAGGGCGAGGAGGAGGGGCACUGAUGGCGCCAGCGCGGCGGCUGGCGAAAAUCGGGCACUUCGUAGAAUGUGACUUCAAGUACGCCUCCCGUUACUCGGAUUUAAGUUGCUUGAUGGUAUCGACGGGCGUUCCCGCGCGGGUCGGCGCCGCCGCGCCCAGGAGCCCGGGCAACGCCCUCGCCAUUAGUUUCGGCCCCAAACUGGAAACGACGCGCGCCCGUGGCUUCCUUGAUGUACGCGUGGAUCAUAAUCAAACAGAUAAGAAGUACCAUUUUAUUAACCUUGUUAACUUUUCUGACAGCAGUUUACCAGUUGGAAGUCUAUCCCUCGGCGGUGAAGGGUCGGUUCGACCACGGGCAGCGAUGCGCACCGCGCGCGACCACGCGCACGCGCGGGCUUCCGCUCACGCCCGUGCGGCCGCCGCCGCUGCUGUCGCUCGCCCAUUAGGCAGCGUGAUGCGCGGCGCGGCCCCAAGUGGCGGCGGCGGUGGUGGCGGUUGUGAGGGCGGUGGUGGAGACGAGGCUACGGGAUUUGAUUUUGUAAAAGUAAAGAGAAAGGCCAAAGCAGUCGAUGUGGAUCGUAGAAGCUCGGUGCCGCAAAGAGGACCUUGGGGACCUCCGGGCGACGGGUCACGGGCGCCCGGGCGCUCCUCGGCGGCGGCGUUCCGGGGACCACCUAGCGCGCCGGUCCUGUUAGCUUAA